GUCUUAUUGAUCACGGCUCACAGCCUCAACGGUUCAACCUCUCUGUGCUGCACCGGGAGUCGGUGCACUCUUGUCGUCCUGCCCCCGCUCUUGUUCUGUCGUCGUUCGAGUUCCUCAUGACCCCUCUAUGACCACUCCAGAUGCCUUCAGGGAUGCAGAGUACUUCGCCGACGUCUCUGGCAUCCCGGACCCUGGUGACGUCGCCAUCCAUGGCCAUGACCAUGACGGCCGCGAACCCGAACCUGCCGCACCCUCCGCCCAGCAGGUCCUGAGGCAGAGCGUACGGAAGAAGGCAAAAAUCGCAUUUAUCGAUCGUUUGUUGCGCGAGCUGGAUAUUGUGUUAUACUGCGAGCUAGCGGCAUUGUAUUAUAUGGACUGCUCCCUCCUUCUCUUUGCUUUACGUGCUAUUGUACAACUCAUACUCUUUACCCCCAAAGCGCCGCCUUUCGACCCGACUAGAAACCAACCAUUUGUCGGUGCCAUCUUCAGCAGCAACUUGCUAUGCAUGCUCCUCCACUUGUUGUUUAUCCAUCCCGGUGCCGGCGAAGAAACGCGCGGUUAUCUCUACGGCGGCCUGUUCAUUGAUUUCGUGGGACAGAAGGCACCUGUGUCGCGAUUACGAUUCCUGGUUUUUGAUGCUCUUAUUCUGUUGAUACAUUUGGUCAUGAUGGGCUUGAUCAUGGAACGAGUGCGAACGAAUGGGAAUGCGCAGACGCCCAAUGAUGGCACUGCAGGUACGGCGGACGAUACAACACCUGUUCAGGAUCACGAUGCCGAAGAGAGAGGCGUCCAUAGGCAUGAGGAGAACGAUACGUUGCCAGAUCCAAUUGAGAGCACCUUGAAUGACACACCAGAGCAUACUGAACUGCUUGCUGAACCGGACGAGGAUUAUGCUGGCCAAGGCGCAAAGGAUAUUCAUCCACUGGAUACAUUCGCGUCAGGUGAAGCCGUGAUAUUGGACAUGGGGCUACUUGAUACCAUUCGUGACCAAUGGGCUUACAACCCCGCUACCCUAUCUCGGUCUACGUUUACGCCUUCCCCCGAAGCGACUUCAUUUUUACGCGAACAUCUAGGCAUCGAGGUUGGACCUGAUGGUCGCGUACUUAGAAUUCAGCGAUGACGUUGUAACUAGUACAAUACAUGUAUGCAGGUGAAAUGAAUGCAUGUCUUUUAUUUGUUGCAUACUUUCUGUAAUAAAACAUAACGCAUACUUGUACGUGUUUCAGAGACUAAGUGUGGGAUUGGCUAAGUGGAAUAGUCAUAACUGUACAUACAUAUACUCGAUCGCAAGUUUCAAUCGUCUCCAAUCAAUGGUGAAUAUGGGGUGUCCCG